GUUAAGAUUACGCUAGAAGAAUUAGGUGUGAAUGAAGUGAAACAAGUUCACAUCAAACUGGGAUAUGUGCAUGAUUGCAGUAAUUUGCUUGUGUUGAAUAAUGAUAGUGAUGUACUCAAAGUCGGGCAAAUGGUGAAUGAUAGUAGGAUGGUGGGUCUGUAUGUGGAGCAUGAAACUACAAACAAAAUUGGUGAACCUUCUCAAACUGAUAACCUAACCUCAUCUUUUCCUCAUGUUAAUGAACCUGUGAGUUAUGUUGGUGAUUGUGAUGAAAGCAUGACAAUAAAUAACCAUAGGGAUUCUGAUGAUCAUCUUGUUAAUGUGACUUAUGAUUGUGACUUUUCUGCUGCUGGUUAUGCUAUUAUGUUUGAUGAAAACAUUAUUAGUGAUGUUGAGUUUGGGGGCAUAAACAGAUAUGUACCUCGUGUUGAGUCCAUAGGCAGUAAAGCAAAGGAUAAACAUAAGGGUCAUAAUGUUUUCAAUGAGAAUUCAGACAUUUCAAACUCUAAUUUUGAGUUAGGCAUGUUUUUGACAGACAUGUCUUUGUUUAGGAAAACCGUUAGACAACAUGCUAUUAAGAAUGGGAAGGAUGUGGUUUUUAGCAUUAAUGAGAUAACCAAUGUACAAAUUAUGUAUGCUGCUAAGUUGUAUGAUGAGAAUAGUAUCUAA